UAAUAAAACUCGGUCAUUUCCGAUCAGGCGCCUGCGCGGCCACCUCUGUCAACAAUAACUUCCCAGCGUUCCUUUCGAACUUCCUUUUCCUCCAUUACUACCACAGUGCAGGUCCCCUCGCCUGGAGAAGAUUGAAAGAUGCCAGGAAGACUGUGGAGCAAAGCGAUCUUCGCCGGCUACAAGCGCGGCCUGAGGAACCAGCGCGAGCACACGGCGCUGCUGAAGGUGGAGGGCGUGUACAGCCGCGACGACGUCGACUUCUACCUGGGCAAACGCUGCGCCUACGUCUACAAGGCCAAGAAGAACACGGUGACGCCGGGCGGGAAGCCCAACAAGACCCGUGUGAUCUGGGGGAAGGUGACGCGCGCCCACGGGAACAGCGGCAUGGUGCGAGCCAAGUUCAGCAGCAACCUGCCCGCCAAGGCCAUCGGCCACCGAGUGCGAGUGAUGCUGUAUCCUUCCCGGGUCUGAAGAGGAGCACCGUCUUGUUGUUGUUGUUGUGUAAAUAACAAAUAAAACUGAUCAGGUCCAACAAA